AUGAAGCACCUCCGUUGGCCAUCUGGCAUUCGCCGUUUGCACCCCGUGGUCCAACGCAUUGCCAGGGCGGACAGGGAUCAGAAGCUCUCCUUCUGCUGUGCGCAGGCUGACAGGGACCAGAAGCUCUCCUUCUGCUGCGCGCAGUCAGAGGCAGCACACCCCUACCUCGCUGCCUUCGGCCUCACCCCCUCUGACGUUCUCCUCUCUCCAGUCUACAUCCAGGGCUUCGACGCCUCCUACUCUGGCACUUCAGCUCUGUUCCGAGUGGCCUGGGACCUGCCUCUCCCCUACCCUCUCCUCGCCUCCCUCCUCCUCAUCCCCCAACCUCUCCUCAACAUCCCCUUCCUCUUUGCCUGGCGCCGCCGCCACCGCUGGUUCGGGAAGGCCCCGAGGCUAAUCCUCCCGCCGCCGGACCUCAUCGGUAGGUUCGUGGAUCGGGAGGAGCUGGAGGAUGAGGGUCGGAGGGACGAGGAUAAGCGACACCACGAGAUGGCGGAGGGGCGGCAUGGCUUGGACAGACCUCCUGGAUCUCUGGAUUAA